GUGAGAGAUUUAAGCCUUGGCUGAUUAGGGACUAGUGAGUUGCAAAUUUGAGAGAUCCGAAGAGAGAAGGUAUACUCGCAAUUGUUGUACCAGAAUCUGCUGCGAGUCUUUGCAUCCCGAGUGAGAGAGAAGUCCUUUGAAACCCUUCUUUUCAUCAAUGGAGGACAACCUCUUCGUGGGUUUACCUCCCCCUUUAGCGAAACCUCUGACCCAACCACAAGAUGCAGAGACGCACACUCACAAAAAGCUUGAAAAUAGAUCAACUCUUCCUCCUCCUAUCCUAAAAGGCGGCCUUAAGCGCGAGAAACCCACAGAGCCCCAAAGAGAAGAGGUGGCACCCCAAAAACGUUUGAGAUUCAAAAUGACGGUGGAUGCAUCUGAAAAGCAAGUUGCCGAAGCCAUGGAUAAAAUAGCAUCACAUAUUGGGACCCCCUCUAAAUUUAGCAAGGCUUCAAAGCUGGCUCUACAACUGAUUCAAGCCGAUAGUGUAAAGCCAGAGACAGGACACCAUUUUUUCGCAAUUUUAGAGGCUGCGAUGUCUUCGAAAUCAGCUUGUACAGAGCCUGCUCUUAGAGCUGAUUAUCAUGCCUUAUUUACUGCAGCUCAAGAUGUUGCCAGUGGCUUCAGUCCACAACAGAAAAAUCAGCUGAGUACAUGGACCAUUCGGGCAGUAGUUGGAAAUGAUCUAUACACUGAUGACAGCUUCGUGUUUUCAAAGGCAGCGGCACGUGUGAGAGAAGCUAUAUCAAGCCUUCCUAAUGCUAGUGAGGAUGAUGACAUGGAGGAAGCUAUAGCCUUGGCAAAACCUGGCAACAGGGAAUGGGAUGAGCAUUUGGAAAAUGGGUCAUCAAUGGUUUCAUCCCCACGUAAACAAGAUGAAUUUGAUCCUUUUGGAUUAGAUGCACUGCUCCCAAGUUUGUCAAAGAAAGAUGAGAAGGCAAGAGGAAAGAAAGACGCAGCAGCAAAGAGAUCAGUUGAAGAAGAGGAACUUAAGAGGUCGUUGAAAUCGACAAGAGAAGCCCUGAUAUCAUGUUUGGAAAUUGCUGCACGACGUUAUAAUCUUCCAUGGGCACAAACUGUCAUAGAUAUCUUAGUAAAGCACGCCUUUGACAACGUACAGAGAUUCACAGCCCGACAAAGAGAUGCAAUUGAGAAGUUAUGGGCUUCUAUUCGAGAAAAGCAGACACGAAGAAAGCAGGGUAAAUCUACAACGGGAAAACUCGACAUGAAUGCUUUUGAGUGGCUGCAAGAGAAGUAUUCCAAUGAAAAGAUUAGCAUUCGACAUGCAGUGGGAGGUGGGGGCGAUCGUCGUGCUCAACAAUGGCUAGGUUGAUCGUCCCAUCGAUUUGUAAAUUCAAACUAGGGUGAGAUAAACCAGACGCAAACUCUAAAAAAAAACAAAAAGGAAUGAAAAUUAGCUGCUCCUUUGUCAACCAGUUAAUCUGAUGACCCAUCUUUGUUUUUCCUUUUUAUCCCUAUGGAUGAGCUUGAUCUUAUCUUGUACAAUUUGGGGAUUUGAAAUGCUGUAAGUCGAGCAUUACAUGCUCAGAUGUAAUUUAUUUGGACAAAUUAAUGCAUUGGUGCCCCAAUCAUGCCCAA